AUGAAGGACGUUCUUCGUCCAUACAAAACCCUAGAUUCAUCAAGAAUCUGCUUGGGCUACGCCACACCGUAUGCUUCAGCGAAGUUCAUCCGUGCCCGUGACCCUGCAUUCUUGCCCCCUGUUCCUCAAGGCAAUACCGCCGGCCCAAACAACUCCGGUGCUAUAUCUUGGAUCUUCCCAUCCAACACUGCGCAGUACGCGGUACGUCCUUUAGGUAUGGACGAAGUUCAAGCCUGCAUCUUUGACGUUUUCGGGACUUUGGUGGAUUGGCGCACCGCGAUCAUCAAGGCUCUUGAGUCCGAGGGAAAGCGCUGUGGCGCAUCACCUCAAACAGACUGGGAGGCCUUUGCCAAUGAAUGGCGACAGGGAUACAUGCGCAAAACACGUGAGAUUGCUAAUGGACUCGUCGAUGGACCACUCAACGUCGAUGUCCUGCAUCGAAACAUCCUCGAGGAAAUGCUGGCGUCAAGUAAGUGGAAUGGGCUUGGGAAGAUUUGGGGUGACGAGGACAGGAAAAAGUUAACUCUGGCUUGGCAUUUCCUUGAUGGCUGGGCAGACUCCUCUGAGGGUCUCCAUGCAUUGAAGCAAACAAAAAUCAUCGCCGCACUAUCGAACGGGAAUGUUCGGCUGCUCGUUGACAUGGCCAAACAUGCAAACUUACCUUGGGAUGCAGUAUUAUCCUGCGAGCUUCUGGGCUCUUUCAAACCCAACCCAAAGACAUAUCUUGGUGCAGCGUAUCAUUUAUCGCUCCCGCCCUCACAGGUGGCGAUGGUCGCUGCUCAUAUUUAUGACUUGCGUGCUGCGGCAAGUCAUGGGAUGAAGACAGUAUAUGUCCGUCGAGGCGAAGAUAUUGUAGAUGAAGUGAAAAGCAAGGCUGACGGAGGAGAAGUCGAUGUUGUAGUCAAUUCGAUCACUGAAUUAGCGGCCUUGAUAAACCGUGUAUAG